GAGUGGCUUGCUAACUUAUUGUGCUCGUAAGUCGCGUGUGCUAUUUUUUUAGUGAGUAUAUGUAUGUUGUCCAGUAUUUAGAGGACUACAUAGUAGACGUUGUGUAUGAACGCCAGACAAUUUUGAAUGGGUUUUGUCACAGUCGGUUGGACUUUGCAAAUCUAUUCUGUUUUGCCAGUUAGCUAACGUUAGCUAGCGUAACUUCCGAGUUUUGUUUUCGCGGGUCAGUACAACAACAGACAUAUGACAGCUUGCUAAAGUUGCAUGCAGAGUUUUUGGCAAGUGUCACACUUUCUCAAGAUGCUGCAUUCAAAUGUGUAUGUGAUGCAUUUACGUUUGCAGUGUGCCUAUGCUUUCAUUUAGCUAACAAGCUAGAGCAGGGGUCUAUUCACUAGGAACGAAACGGAGAGGGUACUACCUGAAUACGUCCAAUAUAACAUAAUGUUUUCGCUGUAAAAAGUUGUCCGAUGCAAAACGUUUUGGACUAAUGAUUACACCCCAGAUAUAGUAGCGCUGUUUUGUUUGCGCAUGGUCACUGUGAACUUUAAUCUAUUGUGCAUGACAGUGCCAGGCUGCCUGCAUCAUGUCACUGCUUAGCCUUGUGGAUGAAGCCAUCAAGUUGUGCAAAGUAGAGGAGACCAAGAUAAACGAGAACAUCCUUCAAUACAGGGAGAUACUGCGUUCUUUGAGACCACAGCAGGAAGACUGCAAGGAAAUAGAACUGACAGAUGAUGUUGAAAAGGACCCAGAUGUCCAACUGGAGGAGAGACGGGAGAUGGAACUGCUGAAUCGAUUGCUGGAGAAGGCCCUCAGAGUUCGCGUUGGCACAGCACCCCAAAAAMACCCUCAGAACUGUACAGGACCAAAGAAAGAACCAGUGGACACUACACAGGGAAAGGGAAGGGCUCUGACCCCAGGUGGCACCAAAGGGAAUAAAAAUGUKAUUAAAACUACCUCCAAACCCAUCACGAUGGACAAAAAAGAGUCCAGAAAGUAUUCUGCGUCCCAUCUCUACAGGGGUGGAAGGGGGAGGAUGGGUCAUCCGGUAGGUCAUUCAGGACAAGGCAGGGCAAGCAUGAUCAGAAGCUCUGUCCAGAUCCAGAAACGAUCUGUCGUGUCAUCAAAGGAGUUUCCACCACAGUCCUCUGGGAAGGCAGUGAAGCAGGCUGGUCCUCCAGGUCCUGUGUCACAUAAUCAGGGUCAAUCACCGCAGGCCUCAUCAGCACAUCAUCAGGUUGAGGUGUCCCACAGGUGGUUGUCAGCUGCAGCCACUUCCUUCCAGCCCCCUAACGGGGACACGGUGUCUGUUUCACACAUGGAGGGGAUGCCAAAAGCACAUGUAAUUUCACCUCCACAGAAUGGAGCUCCCACACAGUGGUUAACUAAAUGGAUCAGUCUAAGGACCAAACAAAGCAGGUUAUGGGACAAAGUCUGGCUCUACAAUCAAACCUGUGGCGGAGAGGAGUCACUUCACGGAGAGAGUGAAAGCCACUGUAUCCUUCCUCAGAUGAACUGAACAUUUAACACCCACAUAUAGCUAACCUGAUUUAAUGCACCCUCAUGCUUACGUCUGGGCAUUAUGAGUAGUUAAAUAGUGUUUUAAUAG